CUUCGCUCAGUUCCGAAAGCGGAGCCAGAGAGUCGAAAGCACGCUCGAAGCUCGGUCUCUCGGUACGCGCUCGGUUCGGAGCUAUGCUCCCUCGCGAUCAUUUGACACGUUUCCCAUCUCCAUGCUGACAUAUCCUCGAGCAACUCCUUAUAACCUAUCUUCUUGUUCGUCCUUCUCUCCUUUCAAGUGUUCCACGUCGGCUCGAGAGUGCUUCGAGUAAAUCGAGAUACCUUCUAGUUCAUCGUGUUUCGACGAGACUACGAAAGUAGACUUUUUUCAAAGGAAAUCUUGCCUGGCACGUUUCGUUGCUUUCGAAUCUUCGAAAGGCGUCGUUGGCGCUGUGAAAGUUCGUGAAUGACGGUCGAUAAGGCGAACGUAUCGUCCAACUCCGAGAGGAAGAGGAAUUCGGAAAGGUGGAAUAACGUACAACGAGGGGCAAGAGGUGGAGGACGAGGCGAAAUGCGAGCAAAACAUUGACGAGGAUCCUCGAUGUCGAGGCGCUCGACUCGUGCCGGUCAGUGAUGCCGCCAUUGAUGCAUCGAUGCUGACUUAUUCGACGUGUACGGUGCUCCAACGGAUUAUUCGACACGGAUGACAGUCGGACGUUCGCGUAGUAAUCGUGAUACUGUCGAUCAUUUCGUCUGAGAGAGAGGGAGAGAGAGAGAGAGAGAGAGAGAGAGAGAGAGAGAGAGAAAGAGAGAGUCAAAGGUGGCGGGUAGAAUACUGCGAAGGGUGAAAAUUUAGCAGUGAUGCCGUGAUGGGCUGCAGCUCGAGAUCGUUCGUCUUGACCACGCUCUUCGUGGGUGGAUUACUUCUGGUUCUGCUCUUGAGCGAGAUAUCCGGUGCAACGCGCCUUAGACAACGUGCGAGCACCACGGAUUCUCCGAGAACCGGUUCCGGUAACGGAGCGAUCGUUUUGGCGCUUCGCGGUGGAAGACAAGAGGGUGGUCGGCGAGCACGAAGAACGACGACGUCGACAACGACGACGACGACAAGUACAACGAAAAGCACGACGACGUCGUCGUCGACGUUGAUAUCCUUCGGCGAGGACGUCGCGCAGCCUGCAGCACUUUUAGCUCCCGAAGAAGAGACAUGGUCCGUUAGUUCCUCGACAACGAGCAAUCUUCCGUUUUCUUUUCCUUCGAGCGGCGUGUCCACGUCGUACGCAAGACCCGUCUCUACGAGACCGCAUUUGGAACUUGUCGUGAAACCACAUAGCAAGGUCAUUUUGCCUUGCGAACUCGAAGGGAAUUAUUCUAGGCUGCUUUUAUCAGGAUCAAGAAGUUACAGAAUACAUGGGAAUCCGGCUGUAUGGUUGCACGAAGGAAAUCCGGUGGACAUGCUCACGAUAAACACGAGAACGGAAAUGAGCGGAACUGGUCACAGAUACAUCGGUGAUUCUACUACAGCAGCUUUGCAUAUAGAUAACGUCAGAUUGGAAGACGACGGAAUGUGGGAGUGUACCUUGGAACACGAUCAAGAAGAGUUCCUUUUGGGGAGACCGAUCAAGCUUGUUGUUCUCGAAGCACCUCGGGGGACGUACCUGCUAAUAGAUGGGCGCAGACUGGAUCCAGGAAACCAGUUCGUGCCUGUUAAGGAAGGCUCCGAGCUGACAUUGGAAUGCGCCGCCGAGGGUGGGAACCCACCACCGGUUUUGGCAUGGGGCAUGAUCCUAUCCCAAGCCACUUUGGACGGUCCCGAACAACCACCGGAUAACCUCACAGUCUUACCUUCGACGUCCGCUAGACACAGUGGAGCUCACCUUAAAGUCUUGAGGGGUCACCACAAUGCCACCAUCGUUUGCGUGGCCCGUCACGUCACCCUUACUGUGCCGAUGAACGCCAGCAUUUUGUUAGACGUUCAAUAUACUCCAUCGUUCGCGAUAACGCGUUUACCUGGAUUUGGAAUUCCCAUCGUCGAGGGAAUGUCUGUCAGCCUAAAAUGCGAGGUGGACAGCAAUCCUGUGAGCACCCCGAUAUGGCAGCGGGACAAUGGACUACUUCCCGUCGAGCAGAGCGAUGACGGAUGGUUGAACUUUACAAAAAUCACUCGUGCCGAGAGCGGCUGGUACAAAUGUUACACUCGGCACAUGCUCGGAAUUUUCACCAGUAUUGGUUAUUUCCUGAACGUUCGCUAUGAUCCAGAUAUGGAGACCGAGGCAGAGGCAUUGAACGGGGAGGCUACCGAUUCAAGGAGGAUGGAGGUGCAGAUCGGCGGAGCGGUGACUCUCGAGUGUGACGGCGGAUGUUGGGGUCACGGACCUGGAAUGGAUCCAGUGGGUGGGCCAGGGCCUCUUGCUUUGAGCCGGGUCGUCUAUCAAGAAGCAGGAGAGUACAGAUGCGUAGCUCCUGAUCGGAAAAUGCAGGACACGUGGCGGGCUCAGUUACCCUACCAUAUUAAGGUCACCGGACGACCCAUGGUUUAUCCACCCAAUCAAACGGUGACAGCCAACGAGGGCGAACCCUUGGAUGUCAUCGUCGAGUUUUGUGCAGAGCCCAGUUAUACACGAGUUUUUUGGAUGUCCGAACAACAAGUCUACGUGCCCGGUGGUCCCUCUCGGGACGGAAUACAAGCUCUUGGCAUUGAGAACGGUGGUACCGAGACGUGCUACAGGGCGAUUUUACGCUUCGAAACGAUUCAGUGGUCCCAUGCUGGUGAAUGGUUGCUGCUAGUACGCUCGUCGAAAGGGAUCGCGGAUGCUUCCGUUUUACUCAACGUGACGCGUGCUUCCGGAUACAGCCACGCCCACCUCCGUUCGAUGGCUCCAGCGACUCUCCUUCUUUGCCUGACCUUGGCCAUUAUACAACAGCAGCAUCUACGCUGAACCAUACCGUUGUACGGAUCUUUGGAAAAAGUUUCGAGGGGGAUGAAAGUGGUGAAAGGGUAGUAGAGAGGGCGGAUAACGAGAGGGUGAGAGGGAGGGGAGAAGAGAAAGAGUAUGAGUUCUACUGCCUCGAGAGGAAGAGAAAACGUUCAAAGUUUCGACGUAGACUUUGUAAAUAAGUAUCGAAGUUCGCGCGAGAACCGAAUCGAUCGAAAAUCGAAGAACAUCGAUCCGUUCGCGAAGUCCUAAGAAAACGACGAUAAUAACGCAUUUUAUCCUGCCCUAAUCGACGAACCCCUCGCGAAAAAUUUUACGGACCACCAUCGUUUCUUCGAUAAGUAUGGAAGGUACCCCCGAGGAAAACACGUUUUUUCUUUCUUCAAGAGGUAUCAAUUAGCGUUUAAUAAAGGAGUGUAUAUACAUACAUAUAUAUAUAUAUGUAUGUAUGUAUGUAUGUAUGUAUGUAUGUAUGUAUGUAUGUAUGUAUGUAUGUAUGUAUGUAUGUAUGUAUGU